CAAUUAUUUUCGAAAGAGGGAAUAUUAAUUAGAAGAAAUGGUAAAUAGUCAAAUAGAGAUCUAAUAUUGGAAGGUAAAAGGAAUCCUGAUAGAAGAUAAAAAGUUCCUUAAUAGGGCUUUCUAAUUGCACUCUUGAAUUAAUGUUGUAACGGUACGACAUUGAGGACCAAAAGAACAGAAUCAAAGCCAUGAGCACGACUGCUGGAAUAUGCAGCCCAGUUUUCAACUCACGGGAUAGACAAGAGAAGGAUAGUUUUGAAAAUAUAUUUGAAGCCAUGAACCGAUGUAGCAAAGUUAUUGUUCCAGCAGACUCUGUAAUGGCUAUUCUCUUAGCAUUACCUGUCAAGUCGCUUUUGCGUUUUAAAAGCGUAUGUUGGUCCUGGCGUGACUUAAUCCUCUCCCGCCGCUUCAGCAACAUGCAUCAGGAUUGAGCCAAGCGCAACAGCUUAAUAUGUUUCUACGAAAGUGACGAUGACAGUGGGAUAAGAUCAUAUAACAGCGUCUCAGUGUCCGAAGAUGGAAUUAUUACCGAUUUACUUUUACCUCCUCCUACUCUUCCUAAAAGAUCUAACAUUUAUGUGGCAGCCGUUUGUAGAGGGAUGGUAUGCUUUUCACAGGGAUCGUGCCCUCUAUCAGCGGUGGUGUGGAACAUUGCUACAAGGGAGUUCAGGAUUUUCCAUGGCAUUGGAGAAUCAGGCAUAAAGAAUGUUACGCGCCUUUAUUGCGAUAUACUACAGGUUUCACCUUCCUUCCCAGCACCAACGAGACAAGUUGGUUAGGGUCAUUAUCUACUCUUAACAAUACAGCGUCUAUUAAAAUCACCACGUGGAAUGAUGAUGGUCUUAGUAUCCCCGCAAAGAUAAUGGAGACGGAUUUUCCGUAUAAGAUCACCCAAUAUGGGCGUUGUUUGAAUGCAAACGAAACUAUUCAUUGGUUAGGGCAUAAAAUCGGAGGAGGACCGAAUAUUGUAAUUGCCUUUGAUAUGGUCGAGGACAAAUUUCGAGAGAUAUCUACACCAUUUAAUGAUGAAAAACCAGGGGAGUAUAAACGGUACCACCGGAAGCUCGCACUAUUGAAUGAAAAUACACUAGCUAUUUUUGGUACAUCAUAUUCUUGGACAGGUUAUCUGUCAUCUCAAGUUUGGGCUCUCAAUGACUAUGGAGGUGCUUCAGAAAGUUGGGUUAAGCAAUACACAUUCGAAACAUGUUUCAACCUGCAUCCGAUGGGUUUUUGGUUUAAUGGUGAAGUGGUUUUCGCUAGAAUGGACGGCGCACCAGUAAGAAUGGGUUUGUACGAUGCCCGCACCAAUCAAAUUAAAGAUUUUCCAGUUGAUAUUGACUGUCACUUCUACUACUACUCGUCAAUCAUCUAUCACAAGGAGAGCCUUGUUCCACUUCCCCACAUGGAGACGACAAACAACAUCUGUUCUAAUAAAUAUUGCCCUUUUCAAGAUGCAGAGAGACUUGCCAGUAAUUACAAAUAAAUUUCUCAAACGGUCACUCAACUAUGUGGAAUUAUUUAGUAAAGUUACUUUAACUUAUUUUUUGUAUUAAUAAAGUCAUUCAACUUUUGGAUUUUCUCUUACAA